ACCGCACAGUACCGAUGGAAGCCCUCGAGAAAGAUUAUUUAUUUUGUUUUGUUUGGAACAAACACCGUUCUUCCGCCGAAACCGGGGCCGACAGGCGCGGAAUUUAAUGCGUGCGUGAAAGUGGACGCGUUGCGCUGUAAAUUCGAUCCGAAGCAUGUCCUGGAAAGAGGUGUUGAAGCCGUCGAUAGGCGAAUUCGAGCGGCAGGUCUCGCUCAACAGACUGUCCGUGUGCUCGGACGGACAGGACAGCAACGAGGGCUUCAGCGAGGAGAAGCUGUGCAUCGGCAUGGAGAUGCUGCCAGAGACGUCCGGCUCGACGUACGAGUUCGUCUGCGUGGACGAGUGGCUCAAGGGACGCACCGAGUCCAUGUCGAGCAUGGACAUGGACGUGUCAAUGACGGAUGCGGCCAGCAAGGAGAACGCCAAUCUGUCCGAGCUGGACCAGUUCCUCACGCCCAAAGGGGCCGUCGACCUGUGCAUAGCCAACGAGUCGCAGGCCCUCAGCGAAGACGCCUCCAGCUUGUUGCUGUCCGACGAUCUCCUCUGCAAGCCGGAUAAACCCAAUAAAACUCCACUAGAUAAUCAGCUGUUUCUGGCGGAGGACGAGUCGAGGCUGAAGGAUGAGGACAGUUUGGUUGGGCGACGGGCAAGCUGGACUGAACAGUUGGAGAAAGACAAAUCAAACUGGGACUUGAUGUCCAACACGAGUCACAAGAGUCACGAGUUGGUUAAAGAGGUCGACUUCCCUGAAUUCAAUUUGGUUCCUCCGUUCGAUCCGAUUUGCUCGAUCGAGAUGCCAGACGGCAAGGAGCUGAUUGAAGACCAGCUUUUGGACAAAGUUGUCGAUUUGAUUCCAAAGGAUGAUGAGCAAAACCGAGAUCCUGUGAUGACCAGUGUACAGGAAGAAGAGACUGUGCUUGUCGACUCGGUUUUGGACGCUAACGAUGAAUUAAAAAAUGAAGAGGACCUGGCCAUCAUAGCAAUUUCGGCUAACGCAGACAACACCGCCCAAAUCAUCAUCAGCACCGGUCCGACGGUGUUUCAGGUCAAAGAAGACGGAGCUCAGAAAGAAUCGCUGAACGUGCAGGUUAUUGGAGAUCAAAGAACUGAUGAGCAAGUGAUUUCGCUCAGAAAUGGGACUGAUGAGGAUGAAGAAAAUGAUUUGACAAUUGCCAAGUCUGACGAGGAGGAGGAGGAAACAAAUGAAGAAGACGAACAGCCCUUGAUUGAAGCUUUGGCUGCAAUCGGCAUCAAGGUCGACUCCCUCAUGUACGUGAAGACGGACAGCCAGCAUCGCAUGUGGCUGUGCCCAGUUAAAGACUGCCGAAAAACCUACGCAAAGCAGAGCGCCCUAAAGGUCCACAUACUUAGUCAUUAUGGCCUCAGACCCUUCAAGUGCGACUACGAAGGCUGUUUUUGGUCGUUUUACACGCAUUUCAGACUUAAAAGACACAAAAACACUCAUUUAAAGAAGAAAGAUUUUGUGUGUACCUACGAGGGUUGCGAUAGAAAGUUCACAACCAUCUACAAUUUGCACACGCACCAGAAGCUGCACGAGCGGCCUGCCGAAAACGUGUGCACAGUGGAAGGAUGCAACGCGAGCUUCCAGACAAAGCGCAAGCUGGAGCUGCACCUGAAGCAACACGAUUCAAGCCACGCCCCGUACAAGUGUCACUACUGCAAGAGAGGCUACUACUCGAUCAACUCGCUCAACAUGCAUAUCAGGGGCCAUGAGCACAAAGAGGAGGAGGUCAUUUGCCAAUGGGACGGCUGUGGCAAAAGGUUUGACAAACCUUGCCGACUGAGAGCCCACAUGCGAUCUCACACUGGAGACAGACCCUACAAAUGCAUCUAUGAGGGUUGCAAAUGGUCAUUCUCAACUGCAAGUAAACUGAGGAGACAUUCGCAAAAGCACACGGACGAGAGGAAUUUCAAAUGCAACGUUGACGGAUGCUCGAAAGCGUUUCUCAGACCUGAGCAUCUGCGCGAGCAUAUUUUGACGCACGAUGGAACCAAGAAUUGGAAAUGCCCUGUUCCAGGCUGUGAAGCUAGAUUUACUGCCAAGAGUAGUUUGUACGUUCAUGUUAAGAAACACAAUUCUCCCUCAAACAAGGACACAUUUGAGUGUCCGUUCGAGAAUUGCAAUCAAAAGUACCUGCGGAAGGCAAGUUUGCGACACCACGUGGUGAAAAAUCACCAGGUUCCGACCACUGAUGCUGAUUCUUCAACAGAAAAUUCAGUAGGAUCGAGCAACUUCUUGGCUUUUGUUCCUUUGGAUGGGCAGGAGAUUUUGAUUGGUCAAACCUACUCCGUGACUGAAGCAAUGGACAACAAUGUGGUUCUCUCUACAAUAAACCCUGCGGAUAUAAUGCUGACAAGCGAUCAUGAACUGCCAACUUUAGUUCCUGGAGACGAUUCUCACACUAAUCUGAACAGCCUCAAUGUCACCAGUAAUCUCUCAAAUCUAUCUGCUGAAGAAUCUGAGGACGACAGCCACAUAGGGUGUGCGCGAACUAACCUGCCGCUGCCGCUGGUUCCACGCAAAGCGAAUCGAACCUCUGCCAAUGUGCUGCCAGCGCCGGCGUUGCUGCCUGACGACAUUUUUAACGACCCUCUGCUGGCCAAUCCACAAGGUAUCGAGUUCCAGAUAAUGCUGGACACGAGGCAGCGAGACUUCCCUGAGUCGACCAUCAAUCUGCGCGACUUAGAGUGAGUGACGCUGAUCCGUGAUCUGGUCUGCAAUAUUGUUCAACUCCGUUUGUGGCAUUUUGUGAUUUUAUUACAGCAUUUAUGAUCAAAAGCUUCUACUUAUGAUCCCCAUUUUUUUAUCGUUCAAUUGCAAAUGACGUGCGUUUUAAUGUUUUCGUUGCAAAAUGUGAUAUUAAUGAGCCAACAAAUAAGAAUGAAGCAUGGAA